CGCUUAAAGGGCGAUUACAGCUCGAACGCUCACGGGAGCUCAGGAUUCUUCUCUCUGUUCCGAGCCUGGGAAUUCUAUUAACUCUCAGUGUCGCCAACGACCUCCUUUGGAUUGUUUGUGGAUAAUUAUAUACUCGGGAAGGACAUACCCUCCCUCAGCUGCUCAGGGCCAAUGACAGAGUUUGGAAUUCGAAACAUGGACCAAGUGGCUCCAGUGUAUAACGGCCACAGAGGAAUGCUCAAGCGCCAGUUAGCGUUUGACAAUGUCCAAGUGCCGACCUCGCUCUACUGUGGCUUAUUUUCUGCUUAUGAAGAAGAACAGGCCGUGCCAACAGGCCUGGACUCUUACCCUCAUGAUUCCAGCAGCUGUGAGUUACCCCUGCUAACCCCGUGCAGCAAAGCUGUGAUGAGUCAAGCGCUGAAAGAUACGUUUAAUGGUUUUGCGAAGGAACGAUGCAGACUUGGCAUCCCCGGCAAUCCAUGGCUUUGGGAUGAGAAUAAUGUGUUACAGUGGCUUUUGUGGGCCGCCAAGGAAUUCUCCUUGGAGAACGUGAAUUUUCAGAAGUUUCUCAUGAAUGGACACGAGCUAUGCAGCCUCGGGAAGGAGAGGUUUUUGGCUCUGGCACCUGACUUCGUUGGGGACAUACUUUGGGAACAUCUGGAAGAAAUGAUGAAAGAGUAUCAAGAAAAGGCCCAGGAGCCGUAUAUUGACCAUUCUAACCGGGACUCACUAAACCAGUGGAUGAAUGCAGAUUCCUUAAAUUUCACUGCUGAUCCGUUGCAGUGUGGGGCACAAGUACACAAUUACCCUAAAAAUGGAAUGUAUAAUGAUAUGUGCUCAGUGCCCACUGGUCAGACUCUCCUCAACCCCAAACAAGAGUUCCAACAAUACCCCAGCUCUUGCCUUAAAUCCAGAGCAGUAAACUACCCGCCCGCCAGCCAGGACUUUGCAAGGAGCCAUAUGAACGUGUUGCUCAACUCUCUAAAUUCUGGCAAAUUGAGAGACUAUGACUCAGGAGACAGCGGCACAGAAAGCUUCGAGAGCACCGAAUCACUACUGCAUUCUUGGACGAGCCAAUCUUCUCUUGUCGAUAUGCAACGAGUUCCUUCAUAUGACAGCUUUGAGGAAGAUGGCAAUCAAACGUUGUGUCUAAAUAAGCAACCAAUGUCCUUCAAAGAUUAUAUCCAGGACAGGUGUGAGCCAGCAGAACUAGGCAAACCUGUUAUUCCCGCAUCUAUACUUGCUGGCUUCACAGGCAGUGGACCGAUCCAAUUGUGGCAGUUCUUGUUGGAACUUUUAACGGAUAAGUCAUGUCAGUCCUUUAUCAGCUGGACUGGGGAUGGAUGGGAGUUCAAGCUGGCUGACCCAGAUGAGGUGGCCCGGCGGUGGGGUAAAAGGAAAAACAAACCUAAAAUGAACUACGAGAAGCUAAGUCGAGGACUAAGGUAUUAUUAUGACAAGAACAUCAUCCACAAGACAUCAGGGAAGAGAUACGUGUACCGAUUUGUUUGUGACCUUCACAACUUAUUGGGCUACACGCCGGAUGAAUUGCACGCAAUGCUUGGAGUACAGCCCGACACAGACGAAUGAGCUGCCGGAGUGUGAACUAAAUCAUUGGUUUGAAGAGCACAUUAUUGUACUGUGAAAAGGAUCGUUUAGUGGGCUGUCCAAGAUGGCCGAACAGUGCAUGACUUCAAAAGACUGGAAACAUCAAAUCCGUGACAUGAAUUGGCUCUUUGCUCUGUUUUCUUAGAUCGGAGUAAAGAUCUGAUGGAUGGCGCUUAUUGUUAUACAGUUGCUCACUUGAAAAAAAGAAGAUAACACGUUGUGUAUGCUACUUUCUGACUAUUGCGUCCCACCUAAAGGAACUUGGUUUUUCAGUCCAUGGACAAAAAUAGUGGCUUAUCUGUUUUCAGCCCUGCCGUGUUUAUAUCUCAAAUCACGGCCUGUUGCCGAACCACUAUCCAAGGAUCCGGGAGUCUAGGAGUUCUCUAAAAUGUUUCAUAGGCUGUUGUGAUCUCUAAGCUGUGUGGGUUUUGAUCAGGACCACAGGGCUGUCUCUAUACACCUAAUCCUUUUUUUUUUUUUUUUUUUUUUUUUUUUUUUUUUUAUUUGCAAAUGAACUGAAAAAAAUGUGAUCAUGGCAUUCUCAUCAUUUCAAGUCUGCUUGUAAAUAAUAUGAGGUUUUAUAUUUACAGAACUAUUUUAUUUGUCAGGUACAUGUAUAUUUUAAUUAUUUGUAUUUUAAAUAUGAUUCCCAUUGUAAAUAUUGUAACGUGUUUUCCUUUGCCAAGAGCAUUAAAACAGGAGCGCUAGGAUAGGCCGUAUGUACAUGAGAAAAGGUCUUGAUUACUGCUAGUUCUUUUUUUUUUUUUUUUUUUUUUUUUUUUUUCUUUUAAAUGAAGACUUGGGUUCCACGCGUGGGUGAUUCAAUGCCGAUUGUUCGCAAUAUUGCACAACCAAAAAGAAUGUCUUGUUCGUCCUUUGCUGUAUAUAAUGGUUCUGUACACUGAUGUACGCUUUUGUUUUUAAUUGCCAUUUGAUUUCGUAAUAUGAAUUCUAUAUAUAUAUUUUAAAGUAUUUGCCUCCUUUUCAUAGGCCAGGAGAAAUGUGUGUAGCAGCUAUUUUUACUGCAAUGUACUGGAAAUGUUUUUUUUUUUUUCUUUGAAAGGAAGCGGUUUGUUUUUAACAAGUGCCUUUAUGAAAAACUAUUUCUGUAACAUAUAUUGAUUCAUAGGGGGGACACAACUAAUGGAUCAAUCUAUGAUUAAAAUUAUCUUUUUUGUGAAAAGCAA